CUUAUCAAACUUUUCCAAAACAUUAAGUAAAUCAACAUAGAGAAACAACCUUUCUCUUUCCCUCUUAUUUCCCUCAUUUUUCCUUCAACCCUUUCACUUGCCAAAAUUCCUCUACCCCAAAACAACUCUAUAUAUACAUCUCUAUAUCCAAAUUUUUCUAAACAGUUUUCUAAAAAAGGUGUACAUACCGCUAUUAAUUUUGAGUCGCGAUAUCAAAAUUGAUGUUGUAUCAGCUGUAUUUGACUGUGAUUCUCUAUAAUAUCAAAAAUUGCGGCGCAUUUGUGUUCAAUUUUUUAAAACGUGGCUAGUUAUCUUACGAGUGAUGUCUCGCACUGUAGAAAUCACCAUUUUGAAUGUUGAAAACAUUUGUGCGAAUAAAAACUCCAUAAAGAAAAAUGCAUUUGUUUCUCUUGAGUGUGAUUCAAGCAAUGAAAUUUGUUACUCAACCAAAGAAAAUUCAGAAGAAUGUGGUGGUGGAAGCUGCCUUUCAUGGAAUGAGAAGCUUAUAAUGGAGGUACCAUUCAAUGCAAGGUUUAUAAUAGCUGAUGUGAAAUGCAAAACAUCAUGGGGGAAUAUUAAGAGUGUUGGAAUGGCCAGAAUACCAUUAUCAGAUUUGUAUGUGCAAGAUAAUCAAGUGCAGUUUCUGAGUUAUAGGCUAUGGGAUAGUAAUGUUAUGAGAAAUGGUGUUAUCAAUAUUUCAGUUAAGGUUAAAAAUCUGGAAUAUUCUUUUCCGGUGACCGGGAUUCCAGUGACUGGAAUUGGUUUGAAUGAGAUUGUAACUGGGAUUCCAAUUUGGUUAAGCAAUCUUCAAAGGAAUUGUUAACUUGUUAGUAACGUUAUUGCGCAUGUUUGGUAUUGCAACGAGUUUGACAAAAUUACAAUAACACUGUAAUUUUGUAGAAACUUCAAGUUAUAUUGUGUCAAAAUCUCAGUUACUCCAAAACAUACACAUAUAAUAAUGUACUGAAAUGGAGCAACAAAGAAAAAGUGAACAUGUUUUUUCUGCUUUGUGUUUCUUGAAACAAGCAUAAUAAAGUGCAAACCAAAUAUUCACCAAGGUGAAAAUUAAAAUGACUACUGAAGCAAGUGUUUCUAAAUCAUGAUUUAUUGAAGACUUUUUCUAAAUCAUGAUUUAUUAAAGACUUUGUAUGUAUUUUCUUAGUCCAACUUUCGAGUUUAUGAUACUGUGAAAUCUUUGCAA